AUGGAUGCUAAACUCAUUGAUGAAACAUGUCAAAAAACCCCAAACCCCAAUCUUUGUGUCUCAUCUCUCAAAUCAGACCCUCGAAGUUCCGAUGCUGAUGUCAAAGGCUUGGGCGUAAUAAUGGUGGAUGUGGUUAAGGCAAAAGCGAUUAUCGGUCAAAACAAAGCACAAGAAUUGCUUAAGCAGAGCCCAGGAGAUCUACGCUUAAAAGUUUGUUCAGGUGACUAUGAUAGAAUAUCAAAUCAUCAUGUCCCAAAUGCUUUACUGGCAUUUAAGAAAGAUGCCCCGGACAUUGCUGAAGAAGAUAUGAGUGAAGCUGCUGAAGAGGCAAGGGCAUGUGAGUCUAGUUUUUCAGGGGGUUCUCCUCUGACAGAUGUGAAUAAUGUUUUAGCAGAUGUUGCGGCUAUUACUGCAGCUAUAGCAAAGGAAUUAGUUGGUUGA